UUCUUCCAGAGUCCAAAAUCCAAACUCGAUGCUCCACACCCACUGAAGACGACGAAAUGCCAGCUGAGAUCGCAGCCACGCACCAGAUGUUCCACGCCGGCAAUUGAUUGACCCGUCCGUUUCCUAUUUCUCGUUAUUCCGUCGUUUUCCAGCCCCAAUUUCGUCGGAGGAAGGUAGAGAAGGACGAUAUCGGAAAUUCACCUAUGGAGACCCCCGAAGACCGGAGAACGGGUACGGCUCGCUCCUCCACCAUCGAGUCUCUCCGCGGCGUCACGCUUUCCGGCGUGCGCAUCCACAAGGAGGAGCUCCGGAGGAAGGUCACGUUUCCUGAGUACCUCCGCCUCGCCAUGAGAGAGGCGAUUCGAGCCAGGGAUCUAACCGCUGCCUCCGUGACGCGGCUGUACGACGACGCCCACGGCGAAGGGAAGGAGCCGCCGGAGGCGCCGGAGUGGCCGAUGGUGGUUUUUAUUAACUCCAAAAGCGGCGGCCGGCACGGCCCCGAACUCAUGGCUCGGCUGCAGGAACUCAUGGGCGAAGAGCAGGUAUUCGACCUGCAAUCCGUGAAGCCUCAUGAAUUUGUUCAGUAUGGAUUGUCUUGCCUAGAGAAUUUCGCUGCUCGGGGAGAUAACUGUGCAAAACAAACCCGCGAAAAGCUUAGGAUUGUGGUCGCGGGAGGUGAUGGUACCGUUGGCUGGGUUCUCGGGUGCCUUGGCGACCUUAACAAACAGGGGAGGCUACCCCUUCCGCCGAGUGGAGUUAUUCCGCUCGGUACUGGAAAUGACUUGGCCAGAAGUUUCGGUUGGGGUGGUUCUUUCCCUUUCAAUUGGAAAUCUGCCGUGAAGCGAAUUCUUGAAAAGGUUGCGCACGGUUCUAUUGCUCAUCUUGAUAGUUGGCAUGUGUUAAUAUCAAUGCCGGGUGGGGAGGAGCUGGAGGUACCGUACUCUCUGAAGGCGACGGAAGAAACACUUCUCGAUCAGGAGCUGGCUAUCGAAGGGGAGCUUCCGGAGAAAGUUGCUUGCUAUCAAGGAGUCUUUUAUAAUUAUUUCAGCAUCGGGAUGGAUGCCCAAGUUGCAUACGACUUCCACCAUUUACGCAACGAUAAACCUUACCUCGCUCGGGGUCCCGUCUCAAACAAGAUCAUAUAUUCGGGAUUCAGUUGCAUGCAAGGAUGGUUCUUCACACCGUGCAGCAGCAAUCCGGGAUUAAGAUCUUUGAAGAACAUUUUGAGGAUAUUUGUCAAGAAGGUUAAUUGUUCGAAGUGGGAGAAGAUUGCGGUCCCUUCAAGCGUUCGAUCUAUUGUUGCUCUCAAUCUCCCAAGCUAUGGCAGUGGUCGACAUCCAUGGGGACGUUUGCGGCCAGAUUAUCUAGAGAAGAGAGGAUUUGUCGAGGCCCACACCGAUGAUGGGUUGCUAGAAAUCUUCGGCUUAAAACACGGGUGGCACGCUUCGAUGGUGAUGGUCGAACUGAUAUCCGCAAAACACAUCGCCCAGGCCUCGGCGAUACGGUUCGAGCUCAGGGGAGGCGAAUGGGAGCGAGCGUACAUGCAAAUGGACGGCGAGCCAUGGAAACAGCCGUUGGACAAUGAGUUCUCGGCGUUUGUCGAAAUCAAGAGAGUCCCGCACCAAUCCGUUAUGGUCCGAGCUGACUAGCGUUCAACCCACUCGUUGUACAUACUGUGCUGAAUUAUUCUUUGCAAGAAUCGGACAUCGUAUAACAGGCUUUGGAUUGUAACAUGAGUGUUGAUAAUGUACAAACUAGACUGCAUUGUUGCCAUUUUCGACUUCUAAAGCAACUAUAACAACCUCGUUGGUUGUC